CAGGUUCUCGAUAGCUGCUAGCUGCUAUGCUAGUUAAACGGUGAAGCAGGCAGGCAGUGGUUGAUUUGACCACUGUUGUUUAAAAAAAACCUUUGAUAAUGAGUUCUUCAGACGAAAAAUGUAAAGGCACAAAACGACCCGCAUCUCCAGAUGAAACAGGAUCCACAAAAUGGACAAAGGCAGAUUUAGGGACAGACGAAAGGAAGCAGAAGUUUCUGAGGCUGAUGGGAGCAGGAAAGAAAGAGCACACUGGACGCCUUGUUAUUGGGGAUCACAAGUCAACUUCCCAUUUCCGCAGCGGGUCAGAGGAUCAGAAGAUUAACGCAGAGCUUGAACACCAGUAUCAACAGGGUCUGGAUGGGAAGAUGUCAGGGAGAAACAGGAGACACUGCGGCCUGGGCUUUAGUGAGCCCGAUCCGCCCACUGAGAGGCCGAGCGCCGCUGUGCCCGAGGAGUCGGACGGUUCAGAAAAGCCCAGUGAACAACCAUCAGAACCACACGAGGAAGAGAAAACACCUAACACAGAGCUCAAAAAAAAGGAGGAGCACACAGACUCAGAGGAUAAGAAAAAAACUUUUAAAAUGGCGUUUGUAAAAGCCACAUAAAUGGCUUUUUUGUUGUUGUUCUUGUUGUUUUUUUCUCCUAAAAUGUUCUAGUAAUUGAUUGAGAGUGAGAGCAUCUUUAAAAUGGAUUUUUUUUUUUUUUUUUUUUUUUUUUAAGUAAGUACGUCUGUGCCAUGUUAUUUGGACUUGCUUGAACUUGUUGAGAACUAUUUCUUCCCUACAAAUUAAAGAAAUAGUUCCUACAAGAAAGGAAAUCCGGCCUCAAUCUACUCCGCUCCAAAAUUUCAUAUGAACAUGAGGAUGAGCAGAAACUGAGAUUCUCAUGAAACUGAGAUACAUUAAGUUGCAGACAAAAUGUCCAUUGUGUGUAUCAAGUCAAUGUGUGAAUAUCAAUAAAGAGAAAAAUGAUUCUGUGA